ACUGCCGUCCGCGUCGCAUCCCGCGCGGUUUCUGACAGCCUGGUACAUUGUUGUGAUUGUGACAAGUGCGAAUGGACUAUAAGUGACCGAUUUGAUUAAUUAGGUAACGUAAAGAAAAACCUGCAGGGCAGUAUCUGAAAAAUCAUCCACAAUGCCAGUGCAAACUUAAUUUAAGAUGUUGUGAGAACUAUAAACUUUAAUGAUGGAUUGGAACUAGUGAGUGACGAUGAUGAUCUCAGUGAAGUGCGUGUGGACGAGGACUCGACCAUGGAUACUGGUGGCGGUGGUGAUGAUGAUGGUGAUGGAAGCGAUAGCGCUGAGCGGGCCCAACGUGUGCAUGGUGAAGCAGAAGUAUAACAUAACAAAGAGGAUCAAGUACCGUGCCCCGAUGUCCGUCCGCACAUACGAGUGGUGCUUCUCUAUGCCACCGCGGUGUUCCCGCUGGAACACUGAGAUGAGGGAUCUCACAAGGCUCGAGACUGAAGAGCGCACAGCAGAAGUAGCUGUAUGCUGCCCGGGCUACAAAAUGAAGGAAGUAUCCUGCGUGCCAAUAUGUCCCAACGGAAAAACAGGGCCUGGCUGCUCUGAAGACUGUCAACCAAACCGAUGGGGUCCUAAUUGCGUGAACGAGUGCAAAGACUGCUCUGAACAUGGCGUCUGCUCCCCCAUCAACGGGGAGUGCGUCUGCCAACAAGGCUGGCAAGGUGAGAGUUGCGAGAACCUACUUACCACUACAACCUCAACGACGCCAGCGGAGGACUUACUUACUACUUCUAAAGCUGUUACUAAACCCACUACACCUUCUACCACAGCACUCACGCUUAUCACUUCUUCUAGAAGUACCGUAGAAAUGAUUGUGAAGACCACACCCACGACAACAACUGCAGCUCCUACCGAAUUACAAAUAGAGACGAAGACGCAAAGGCCUUUGUCAAACAAGAAACAAUUGAACGUUUCAACUUCCACAGUUUCACCUACUCAGCCAAAGACAACAAUUAGUACUUAUAAAAUAGUAACAACGUCUUCAGAAAACCCAACCACUCUUGGCACAUACACAGAAGCCACGACUAAAAGCAAUAAAGGACUCAGCUUUGUUUACAAUAGAACAGAAGUUCCAGUAACCACUCGAAAAAGUACUGAUUCCGCUGUAUUGAUACCUCCGACGACUCAAUUAACUACAACGGCAAGCACACCAGUUUCUACUGUCAAAUUAAUACCCACUACGAAAACGACUACAGUGACUACAACUCAAAUGCCAAAGACUACAUUAAGUUCAACAACAGUCAAAGAAUUGCCAACUACAACUGCAACUACGCCAAAAAUAGACACGACUACUAGAAAAACAGAAACUACAAGAAUUUCCCUUACGACUCUCAAGUUCAAACCAAAAGAAAUAUGGAUCAGACCAGCCCAAAAAGGUCAGGAAACUCCUACUGUUGAAACUAAAGUGAAGGUUACCCAUGAGGUCCCACAUACAAAGUAUAAAAAUGCCACCAUGAUAGAAAUCAUUCCGAAUACGACGCCUAAGACAAUCAUAGUAUCAAUCAUACCCACGUCAGUGUCGUAUGCAACGUUUAAAAAGAUCGCACUAUCCACAGCGUCGUAUAUCUCUAAUAAGAAUGUCACAGUGUUCAAAUCGUACAGUAAGUCGUCUGAAGGAACUACCAAAGCGAUGUCUGUCCAAACCACGACAUUGGCACCUUUUACGAAACCUUCUACCAAUGUUACUACAAAAUCUAAUUUUACUACGACCAUGAAUACUCCAACUAUGAAUGUUACUAAGUCCACACCACAUCGUACAUCGUCAACGAAAGGAAUUUCAACCAAAUCUGUCUCUGUAAAUAAUAUAACUAAUAGCAUGACACGCACGUCAACUGCAGUCACUCAAAAACUGAAUUCUUCUAUCUCUUUAACGACAGUAACCAUUCCUUCAACUAACAUACCUUCGUCUUCGCAUAGACGUAAUGUAACCAUAGAAAAAGCUGUGCAAAAACUAAAUGCAAGUAAAGCAACCGAACGUGCUACAACUACUGUAAGUCCUAAUAAACAUGUUGAUGUGAAGAAAUCCUCCAACAAAACAGUGGAUAUCAUGCAGACGACGACGAAAACUGUUACAGUGAAAAAUGUUACUAAAGUAGAUAGAACUAACGAUACUAAAGCGACUGUAUCUAAAUCAGCUAACUCUAAAACUAAUACAGUAACCACUGAUAAGCCAUCGGGAGAUGAAGAAACAUUUCAUAUUUUGACAGAGCCGGAGCACAUAACAGCUGUUAUGACGGACAAGGGUACUGAGAGGUCGUCAGUUGAUCUUGUCUCGGUGAUAAGUAUAGCUGGCGGAGUGAUGAUGGCGGUGAUCACGGUAGCGGUGAUCAUAGUGAUGAUUGAGAGAUGCAAGAAGCCCAGAUAUGAAGAUGUGAGGAAGAUCAACGAUAUCAGAAUGCAAGUUAUGAUUGAUAACAACGACGUGCCGCCUCCGUAUGUGAGGAGUAUCUUUCAUACGCCAUUGCCUGAUCCUCCAAAUUCCGAAAAAUGUCACUAUCAACCAAUAUCAACACUUGAUAGGAAUUUAAAACAAUUCAUGAGACCCGUUGUGGUACAACAGAUUUCGCCUGUAAUGCUGGAAAACUUCAGAGGUAUUCUAGAAUGUCAUUAUGACCAUUUACCACGACGAAGCCACGAAUUUACCGAUGUUCCUCGUAGAUGCCAUGAUUUUGGUUCUCAACAAAUUCGGUGUUCAGUAACGCCAUCUAUUACGAUUAGCGAGCAACUAAACCUACAGCGAGCGUCUCUGACAGAGUCUGCCAUCGAAGCGUUGAAAUGCGAAGCUAAACUAGACGUUAUUGAUACGACCACCGCCGAAUCGGAGCCGCUAUAUGCCGAGAUUCCUUGUUGGCGACCACCUUCAGAGCACGCUGUAGAAAUAAUCAACAUGAAUGGUGAAGCGGUCACGGAGUUAUGACCGACAACGUUUGACAAAAAGA